AGGAGUAUAAGUGCUGUAUUCGCCCAACUUCGCCCACAGUCUCAGCAUACAACACGAGAAUGCAGAGCUGACUUCACGAAAUACCGCAUUACGGUUUCAAAGCAACAAUGAAUCAAUCGAUGGUGCUUUUAUGUGGCCUGCUGGGCCUGCUGGUGGGCGGGGCCUUUGCAGUUGAAGUACCGUUUACCCCGGCCCUGAGGGAGUACAUCGUGGAAAUGCACAAUGCAAUGAGAGAGAAACAGCACGGAGCCAAUAUGAACGAAUUAGAAUGGGAUGACACGCUGGCCCAGGAGGCCCUCGACUGGAUCUCGUCGUGUACCUUUGAGCACCAGAUGAAAGGCCGCGGAGAGAACCUGGCUUUUAACACUGACGAAGAGAGUAAUGAAGAGCUCAUUAAAAAAUCAAUGGAAGACUGGUACAGUGAGAUUCAGUACUUCCGGUACGGCAACAAAUCCUGCUCACAGGACUGUCACUUUUCACAGCUGAUUUGGGCAGACACGCAGAAAGUAGGAUGUGCCAUGGUCCGUUGUCCCGCCUUUCACGUCCCGUGGGAUCCAACUUCCACCAUCCCUAAUGCCUGGUAUAUCGGCUGCUUCUAUGACCCAAAAGGAAAUGAUUACGGGACAUUCCCCUGGCUAAGAGGAAAGCCUUGUUCCUCUUGUCUGAAGGGCCAAACCUGCUCACUUCAUGGUCUUUGUCACGGGGAAGGCGUCAUUCCUUGUACAAACAUUGAGUCCAGAGAGCAUUGUAGUUUCUGGUAUGAGGAGGGAGAAUGCGACAGUAACCCGAAGUUUAUGCACAAAUUCUGCAGGAAGGGAUGCAAACUCUGCACCCCGGAACCUGGAGAAGAGGAGGAACACAAUGAACCAUGCGAGGACAUGUCAAAGUACGCCCAGAUGCGCCACAACGGUCGUCUCGCGUGUGACAUCUGGCGAGAGACAAAUCAGUGCAACACCAAUCCAUUCAUGAAGACAGCAUGCAAGAAAACUUGUGGAUUUUGCUAAAAGGAACACGCUAGCCGGUGUCAACAUUCUAUUUACCUUCUGUUUGAAUUAAAGAGCGCGUUGAUAACCAAAAUAAACAUAUUUCGGUAAUGACGCUCAUCCAGAAAUGAA